GUCUUUUUGCCUACUUGUAAAGUUGUUCUCUCUGUAACACGAGAUGCAUAAAUAUUUGGGUUUUCACUUCCUUUUCCAUGUUUCUCUUUCCCCUAAUCUUUCAACCCUCUUGUCAGUAUUCAUUCAAGCUUCUCGUGAAGGGAAUUUUAGCUGUAGAAUCUGAGGAAACGUCAAAGAACCAGAAACGGUAGAGCACAUGGUGGUGGAAGAUUUUUUUCUGGGGUUGAUUGGAUAAAUAACUGUUUCCCUAUCGUACUUACAGGUUAAAACCAACCAAACGGCUCCUUGUGACCUCAUUUUCUUCUCUUUCCGCCGUGUUUUCUUGAUCCUAUAUUGCCUCUAGGCUUAUUUCGCAGUGGUUUUAGUGGUUCAGGGCCGUGUGAUUUGAACUGGCAUGUCGCGGCAAAGCAAAAAUAAAACGGCUAGUCCAAACAAUGCCAAACAAGUUGGCGACACAACCUAUACCAAGAUAUUCGUUGGCGGACUGGCCUGGGAGACCAAAAGAGACAGUCUGAGACACUAUUUUGAGCAGUUUGGAGAGAUCUUGGAGGCUGUUGUUAUAAACGACAGAAACAGUGGGAGAUCAAAAGGCUAUGGCUUUGUGACAUUCAGGGACUCAGAUUCUGCAGUAAGAGCCUGUCAGAAUCCCUACCCUAUGAUUGAUGGGAGGAGAGCUAAUUGUAAUCUUGCGGCUCUUGGUGCACAAAGAUUCAAUCCACAUGCAACAGGAAAGGGGCAAUUUAUUACAACUUCUUGGCCCGUGGUUCCGGUUCCGGUUCAAGGAAUCUCCUCUUGUUACAAUCAACACAUACCCCAGUAUGCUUUUACUUAUCCACCAGUCAAGUAUCCUGGACAUCCGCCCACAGAACAAAUUUACGCAAUGAACUAUUAUAAUGUCUAUGGAGGACAGCAAAUUCCCAUUCGUUGGCCUUCAGUGUAUUACCAUCCGUUUGAUGGGGUUGGACAGUUGGUUGCACCAGCAUAUUUGAAAAAGGCACAAUACCCUGACCCUUCAUCUCGGGAAUUGUUCAGACUCGUCGGCUUAUCACAACCUAUGUCAGCUUCGCCUCCAAUACCCACCACAGGAACAGGGGGUGCUGCUCCUGCAGCAGGAGUGGUCGGAACUUCCUCUGAGCAGAAAUCUUGAACUCAAGUUACUGAGAAGAGAUCAAAAUGAUGGGGACGAAGAAAGGUGGUUCAGAGCUGACAAACUAAGCAAGCAAGGAGAUUUUACUUAUGGAACAGGGGAUCUUAUCUGUAGAGGCCACUCGUUGAUAAAAUGAGUCACGGAUUCAUUGUCUUGCAAUUUGUGUCCU